CCUCUCUCUCUUACACACUCUCAGUCGCUCUGUUCUGACGGAUGGGGAUACACUGCCAAGGAGGACUUAGGGGCGAGAAGAGUGUGUUUCUUUUCUUCUCUGGUGUUUUCUCCCUUCUUCCGCCUGGCUUCCCUCAUGAGCUGUUAAUUCCAUCCCGGUCCCAAAGAUGAGCAGGAUCUAUUUGUGAAGAAGACGCAACAAAGGAAGAGGCAACAAGGAGCAACAGGGUGGUAAAUUCUGCGAGCGGGAGUGAACAAGAAGAUAUUUCUAUUCUCCAGGCUCAAGCAAGGAGUCCUGACUUCCAGCAGCCUCCAUGUGAAGAGGAGCUGUCAACAAGCAGACGAUGCCCAAGUCCAGCUAAAACUGAGCAGUGCCCCUCUCCCUCCUGCUCCCUCCCUUCCCUCACACAUGAGGACAAGAAGAUGACUAUCACCAGCCGGCAGUCCUUCAAUGUCCUGACGGUCAUCUUCCUCCUGCUGUCCACUGCAGCUCUAUCAGCUCACUACCGAGUGUGUGAACCCUACUCUGACCACAAGGGGCGUUACCACUUUGGCUUCCACUGCCCACGCCUCUCAGACAAUAAGACCUACAUGUUCUGCUGCCACCACAACAACACCGCCUUCAAGUACUGCUGCAACGAGACUGAGUUCCAGAUGGUCAUGCAGAUCAACCUCACCACCACCUCAGAUGGUUAUGCACACAAUAAUUAUACAGCCUUGGUUGGGGUGUGGAUAUAUGGCUUCUUUGUCAUGGUCCUGCUGGCCCUGGACUUUCUCUACUAUUCGGCCAUUAACUAUGAGCUGUGCCGGGUGUACUUGGAGAAGUGGGGCCUGGGAGGGCGCUGGUUGAAGAAGGCUCGGAGUCAGUGGCACAGAUCCAUGCCAGAGGAGAGUGACGUUCAGGCUCAGGCUCAGCCCAUGGUCUCCAGCCACUAUCAGCCACGACACAGCCUCCGAGGGGAAAGCCAUAGCCCCACACUCCUGCCCUACAACACAUCCACUGCAUGAAUAAUGCUGGAGUGGAUCGACAGAAGAGUAGCAACACCUUGUUUCCUUAUGUGGUGCAGAUGAGACGCCUGACUGAUGCACAUCUCUGGACCACAGACACAAACACCUCCGGUGGGCUAGCCAUACUGUAGUAGUGAGCAGUGACUACAGCCCCUUUCUAAUGAGCACAAAACAUCCAUGGACUGUCUGCCAAAAUGGCAUUUAAAAAUCCAACUGAACAAAGCGGCAAGGAAACACAGUGGACUAUACUGCUACUGCCACGGCAAAGGAACAACAGACACAUUCACUGCUUACAGAUGUUCAGUGAUCCCCUAAAAGGCUGCCAAGGCCUGCAGUAUCCCAAACAAAACCGAGCAGAACUGGAUGAACUGUACUUGCAAGCAGGAAAGCUUGCCUGUUUUUUUUUUUUGUUUGUUUGUUUUGUUUUUUGGUUUUUUUUUUAAAGAAAUCAUCUUUCCAGUUAUCAAAUGUUUAUUACACUGCUGUGUCUGUUUGUGUUCAGUAGCAGUUAGGCACAGUUGUGGAUUAUCUAUUUGGUGAUUUAUUUAUGUGAACUAGUCAGAGAAAUAUAGUGGUUAACAUUCGGAACAUGUAACAGCUUAGGUUGAUGCUGAGCAUCACAUUUAGAGUAGAAUGUUUUGUUACUUGCUGAAUACAGACGCAAAAUAUCUCUGCAGCCAUGUUGAAAAACAAAAUGUUGCAUAAAAUGUUUUAGGUCUCCUUUCUGAAAAAAUUGUGAUUUUGCUAUAUUGUAUGACCAGGACAUAAUGCCAUACAGUUUAACUACUAUAGAUCUAAUGGAUUUAGAUUUUUCUCAUCACGACUUCCCACUGGUUUAGUGAUGGUGAGGAAAGAUGAUAAUUCUUAGUAAAUUAUUUCACCCAGAACAUGAGGAUCAGGGAUGCAUUCACAGCAGCACAGAACUUAAUGCUCUGUUAGACACAGACCUGUUAUAAACCUUAACCUUUGGCUAUGAACCUGCAAGCGCAUUUAGUUGUGAUAAUUUCCUGGUAAAACCUCAUCCAAUCACUAGCUUACCCUUCCUCAUUACCAGAGAUGACUGAAACAGCUCCAUUAGCAAUAUGAUAUCAAUGAACAUCCAUUUGGUUCCUUUAUAAGGACUUCUUUAUAUCCCACAUUGGUAAAAGACAGUUGUAAGUGAUUAGCCAUAUAGAAAUACCAUUAAAAAACGACAUUAAAACCCCAUCACUGUCAGCAAUAAUGUACAGUACUUUAAUCAGAGGGAUGGCAUGGUAUGUAAAAGUUAGAGGAGUGCAUGUUAAUACUACAAUCUGAGGUGAAGUGCAGACAGCUUUUAGUUGGUUUUUAAGAAGGUGAAGUCAAAGAAAUGGACGUAGAGUAUUUGUAGGUAAUGAACUUCAAUCGCAAGACCUCCUUAAUCGUUUCUCAGCUUUAAAAAGGAAAUAGUGGAAAUAUAAUCUAGGGCUGCAACCAUGUAGUUUCUUCAUUGUCAUUACCACCAUGUUUGCAAUUAACUGAUUAAUCAUUUGAUUUAUAAAAUAUCAGAAAAUGACCACUGUAAUUUCUACAGCGAAAUAUCAUGUUUAUUAUAAUUUAUUUUGUCAGUGCAAAGAUAAAGAUAAUAUCCAAUCUCCAAAGACCUUCAGAUUACUAUUACCCACAACAAAGGAAAUCAGUCUAUAUAUGUCUAUACAGAACAACUCGGUUUUCUACAAGUUAAAUUUAUUGUUUUUGUCAAAUUAAUCUGAUGGUUUUAAAGACAAUAACAUUACAGCUCCAGGUCCCAGUCAGAAAGGGAACUGAAGGCAAUAUUCAAGGUAAAAGGAAAAUAUUCUAAGCAUAGUAUUCACCUAAAUUGAUAUCAAAUUAUUGAUAUUAAAGUCAAUGUUACUGUUGCUCCCAUCCUACAUUUCUGGACACAACAAGCACAUGUUGACCACUGUAAGAAAUGCACUGAUUAUGGGACUGUACCUCAUGCUUCCCCACUUUAAAAAAUCCAAACUCUUUCAGAAAGAACAAGGAAAGUGCACUAGUUUUCCUUUUUCUGUGGAUAAUCAUAGUGACUAAUUGAAUUACCACUUCAGCUCCAUAAUGAUCACAACUUAAAAAAAAACAAAACCUGUUUUUACUUGGGGAUAUAAAUGUCAUCAAUUAACUGCUGUCAGUGCAGAGAACAAAGCAGGUGGAGAUUUCAGGCUUAAUGUGUGAACAGUAUGUUUAGUCCAGGUUGACAAGGUGGGUACAGUAGGAGAGGGGUGUCUGUCUCAAUCCUGCAUCUGCUAAUCUGGCAGCUGGGAGUCUGUAUGUGCACAAUAUUUCUGCAAUGUCCUAACUGAGCAGAAGAUACUGAUAAAACCAGUCUGAAUCCCUAGAACUGCUGAAGGGAGCUCUAAGCCUUUUGAUUUGCCACUAAAAUGUGCAGACACUAACAAGCCAACCAUAAGACAUUUUGCCAUCAUAUUUACAAUAUCUUCUCUGUUCUGUGACGUUUUACUGCGCCCUAACAGAACCCUGGCCAAGUCCUGUUAGUGGACCUGCCAGCGUCAAGUUAUCAGCAAUAAUAUUCCCAUUUGCUGAGUUGUUAGAGCAAGUUAAUUCCCAUUUCAAUGGCUAAAGUUUAAUUGCGUGUGCGCCCCAGCAGUCUUGUGCCAUUGCUUUCAGGAGCAGAGAGAGAAAGGAUGUGUCCAAGUGAAAUAAUUGGCCCAGAGAUCAGCUGUGGUUCUAAAUUACACACUCUUGCUCUGUUUCUGUAGCUGCCUCCUUAUUUCUAGUUCUACUGGCAAACAGGGAGAAGUUUUUGACAGGUGCUGCAGCACAAAAGCGAUUUAAUUAGUCCCCAAUGCUGGAUAAGUAGGAGAAUCAGAUACGCAAGAGAACAUGUCGUUCUUCAGGGCUGUAUACUGUGUAUUCCGACCUAUAAUAAGGCUAAGGAGGUCUGUUCUUAUCACCAAUAAAGUAAUAGUUACACCCAGGGAAAAAAAAAAAAAACAAAAAACCUUCAUUUUGCCUCCUACAAACAGUAGCAGGGUCAAAAAUUGAUUUCUUCGAGAGACUAAAGAGGACACCUCCCCUCCCUCUCAAAAUGUUACAAGUUGGUUUUGUGAUGUUCUCCGUUCUGUUGAAAACAGUCUUGACUCUGGCCCGAUGUGAUGUGGUACUGUAAAUCAGCUCAACCCUCUUCCCAAAUGAAAAACAAACAAGAAAAAAACAACAAAAAAGGAUGGGAAGAAGGGAAGCUCACAUCUGUUUCAGUCUCUCCAGGUUGUCAUGGUAACAGUUGCCUUACAGUUGAAUACCCACCUGUACACAGAAGCUUUGUAGUAGUUGAUACCUCACUUUUUGGGUGUGGUGGUGAUGAUGAUGUGCACCACGUUCUGUCUAUGUAUUACUACUAGAUGGAAUGUUACAGUACCGUUUUCAGUUGGAUUGUUAUUGCACUUGUUGACUUUGUAUUGUCACGACAGGGAGAAAUAAAGUUUUAUCUUUUCCAGUGUGUUUAAA